GUAGCCAGUUAGACUAGUUAGGUAGCGUGGUUAACUUGGACAACGAAAAUGUGAUGGUUUGGAAGAAAACAAAAGCGUUGAAUGACGAGACAAAAUGGAGGUACAUAUUCUACGUGGUCUGCUUAUUUUCAUCCAGGCAGCUGCCGUUAUCAGUGACGAACUCGGAAGUGAGCUGACGUUUGUGUCCGAGUUGUCUUCAAAGCCGUCCCAGAAGCUGUCCCGGUACGGUUGGUAUGGUAACGUCCGCCUGCACCAGUUCCAGGUCCCACCGGAUGUGGCGGUCGCUCGCUGGCUUUUCUCCGUGACCAAGGGCAGUGGCUUCCACUGUGGACAGCACAACGUCACUGUGUACAUCAGCUGGGGUUCUCCUCCAGUGAUAGAUCCGUUGUCUUCUGCAUUCCCCAACAACACUGUGUGGACCCCCGCGCUGUCCAUGAUCCUCCCUGUGACCAUACACACCUCAACGACCUUUAACCUCUCCAACCCUGCUCCUGGAGACUGGUACUUGGCGGCACACCUGCCUAGAGAUGACGGACGUAUAGAGCAGAAGGGUUUUCCUUCCUGCUCGUACUACUUCCAGCCCCAGCUGUCAAUCAGGAGAGCUGUGGACACGCCCACACUGGUGCAGGCCACGCCCCUUACCCAGACUGCCUCUAUAGCCAGACCAGCCCUGCUCAAGGUUUUUGUUCCAGAGUUUGUCUCCUCUCUCACGGUGUCAGUGACUGGCUGCACGUUGGGGGCGGGGCUAGAGGCUUGUUCACUAGUACUGAAGCUAGGCUCGUCCUCCUUAAGGGAGGGGCUUGUGAGUGUGAACUGCUCAGCCAUUGGCUGCUCUGCUACUCUGACCACGCCCCCAUGGAAUGCCUGGGUCAGAGUUGUUGUGGAGAGUGUCGUUGACAACCAUACUGCUACCUUCAGCAUCAUGGCUAACAGCACAGUGGUGUGUAAACCCAGCAACGAAGGUCUCAAGGGAGACGAUGACAUCAUCAAGCUCCGUGGCAGAAGCAGCUUGCCAUUUCAAGGCAACAUGUCUGUUGUUUCCGAGGUGUGUGUCCAUGGCAACGUGUCGUCAGGGUGUGUGUGGUACGUCCCGGUGCUAAGGGAGGAGCUAGAUGUCUUGUCUCUCCAGUUCACUCCUGUAAACGGCCCCGCCGUCAACGUCACACACACACACCACACCCUGCUCCGUUACCCGCUCAACACACACUCCAGCGGGGGCAUCCUCAACCUGCUGCUGACCCUCAACACCACUAACAUGACAAGUGGCAGUGUGGAGGCCUGCUUCUCCCCCAGGAGCCCCAGACUGAACACCAAUCUCUCCCAGCACUGCCACACAGGAUUGUAUGCAGGACACACUCUCAGGGUGAAGCUCACAGCUCAGAAGGCGGUCGUUAGAAUCCCCUUUCCCAUGUCUGCUACCUGGUACCUCUCUCUGCUGCUAACCUGCAACAGCAGCGACUGUGGUGGAGUGCCGGUGGUUGCCGUGGUACCAGACGUGCACGUAAGCUCAUGUGUGGAAGACUGUGGAACACUGGGAGAAUGUCGCCUCCUCCGCUCCAGCAGCUUCCUGUACGCUGCCUGUUCCUGCAAGGCUGGGUGGAGUGGGUGGGGCUGCACUGACGGCUCGUCGGCACUGUCCUACAGUCGCCAGGUAACGGCCGUUCUUCUGCUCACGCUCAGUAACCUCCUCUUCAUCCCUGCCAUCGUGGUUGCUAUGCAACGCUGCUACUUCACUGAGGCUGCUGUAUACCUCUUCACAAUGUUUUUUUCCACGUUCUACCAUGCGUGUGACCAGCCUGGUGUUGCGGUUCUGUGCAUCAUGGACUACGACGCGCUACAGUUCUGUGACUUCCUGGGUUCCGUGUGUUCCAUCUGGGUCACCAUCCUUUGCAUGGCCCGCCUCCCAGACACUCUCAAAUAUACUGUGUUCAUGUUAGGUGCGAUGCUGAUAGCCAUGUCGCUGCAGCUGGACAGGAGAGGUCUGUGGAACAUGCUGGGACCCGUGCUGUGUGCUGCUCUGGCCAUGCUGUCCACUUGGGUGUACCGGGGGGUGAGCAGGCGACAGUGUUACCCCCCCUUGUGGCGUCGCUGGGUAUGUUUCCUGCUGCCUGGUCUGGGCAGUGCCCUGGUGGGGGUGUGUCUCUACGUGUUCGCUGAGACGGAGGACAACUACCUGUACAUACACUCCCUGUGGCACGUGCUGGUGGCCGUCAGUGUGGUGUUCCUGCUGCCCCCUCGACACACACACACACACCCCUGGGGGUCCUGGUGGCCACGCGUCUGUGGAUACACACUCUGCCAGGGCACUAAGGACGAGCUGUACACUGUCACUUAGAACACACACACCUCACACACUACACACCUCACACACUACACACCUCACACACUACACACCUCACACACUACA